UCUUACACCAACCCCUGAGUUGUCUCGUUUCUACCACUACCACAAAACAUGGCUCACAACAUCCCUGUAAUUUCUGACACUGGUCAGUUGGGACACCCAGCACCUCCACCUCCAAUAAUCCUCGAUGAGAACCGCGAAAUACUCGACGAUGACAAGGGGAACGCCAGUGCCCUCAAGCGUGACUAUACGACUUUCAGCCGCGAUGGCGGAGCAGAAGAUGUUGACGCGACGGGCAUGGUCAAUGCAGAAACUUACAAGAAUCAGGCCUUUCGACGCGACCACCUGGAGGCGCAGUUGGACCGGCGUAUGGACGGCAUACAUGAGCCUCAAGCUCAUGGCGCUAUGAUGGGAGGAAUGGUGCCAAUUCAUGAACAAUUACAAGGAGUCGAGACAACAGCAAGGAUGGACGAACGGUUAAGAGGAACUGAGGAGACAAUAAAGGGAAUGCAAGAGGAGAUUGCUCGGGCUACCAAGCAGGUUGACAACCUCAAUGUCAAAGUUGGCGAGCUUUUGUUGGAACUCUUUGCAAGUCGGAUGAAGGCACGGCAAAGAAAAAACAUCCUCAGGUUCCCGAUCAACAGUAAACUUUUACAAGUCCCAUUUCCCGAUGGAACGGAGCCUUGGGGUCAAGAGAGACAAAUUAUUGUCCAGGAUCAGAAUGUCAGCGUACAACUCCCUGCUCUUGACAGCGUCGACGCCAUUAGGGACCUUGCCCAGCCAGGGAACAUUGAUAUUCUUAAUGCGUAUGUAGAAGGGUAUUAUGGGGACGACUGGAAUGUAGCCCAGCCAACUGAGAAGAAGAUAAAGUGGCUUUUGGCGGUUGUGGGGUGUAAAGAUUGACUUUUUUCCCUUUUCAAAGCAAUCCCUGUUGUUUUAUGUUUC